AUGGCGAAGAGCGUCCGGGCAAGUGUGCAAAAGCGCAACAAGGCAAAACUUCGCUCUACAGUUUUCGGGCCUGCUGUAGAUGCCCGAACCGAAAGAUUGUCAGCAAAGCUUCAAGAGCUUGCCUCCCAGCCUAAGCCAAGCGCUACAGAAAAGUCGAAGAAGGACACAGGGGCCACAGAUUUGGAUACCCAGGCCGGCGACAAGACAACCCCAGAAAGCAGUGAAGCAAUGGACAUCGACUCCUCAGGAGGCAACGCGGGUAGUCGUUCGCAACGAUCCGGACGAAUUCAAAAGCGUCAGAGAAAGAAUCGCUCUUCUAUCGUUUUUAAACCCCACCCAUCGAAAACCAACAAAGCGCCCAGGAAGAAGUGA